CCUGAAGUGUCCCCAAAGUAGUUUGAGUCGUCUACAAAGCAUUGCUGCAGUUUAUUUGAACCUAUUUUAUAAUCGCUUCAGUUCGCUACAUGUAACUUUUUCCAGAGGAGGACCGUAGAAACUUCAGUGAUAAGUUUGUAGAAAAAAAAGGUAGUAUUUCUCAUUAGGCUAUAUAAGGCUAAUUUGCAAAAAAGCUGACAGGAGACGCAGAACAGAACAAGUCUACGCUGGUUUUUAUUGAGGUAUUUUUGGACUGCUGCAGUUUCGGAUAACCUGAAACAAAUUUCACUUCCUCAUCCGGACUUGAUGUGUUUUCCGCUUCGACAUCAACUGUCGGUAAUUUGUUUGGUGAAUGGGACUUUGUCUGCCGUCGCUCAGAUGAAAACGGACGUCGGACUGUAGCUGAAUCACCUGUUAUUGUGUUAAUUUCCUCUGCAAACAGGUAUGCGUGUGUGUGUUUACCAGCUCUAAUGUUAGCAGCUAGAAAACGUCACCUGUGAGAGGAUCAAACCGCCUCACCAUGACAGAGGUCCAGACUCCAUGGCCACAGGGCACAGAGUGUGUGGCCAGGUACAACUUCAAAGGCACAUCAGAACAGGACCUGCCCUUUAACAAAGGAGAUGUGUUGACUAUCAUUGUGGUCACAAAGGAUCCAAACUGGUACAAAGCUAAAAAUGCUGCAGGUCGUGAAGGGACGAUUCCAGCCAACUAUGUUCAGAAAAGGGAGGGUGUGAAGUCUGGAGGCAAGCUGAGUCUAAUGCCAUGGUUCCAUGGGAAGAUAACACGAGAUCAGGCAGAGCGGUUGCUUAACCCGCCAGAGACAGGCCUGUUCUUGGUGCGAGAGAGCACCAACUUCCCCGGUGACUACACCCUGUGUGUGAGCUGUGACGGCAAGGUAGAGCACUACCGCAUCAUCUACAAGAACGGCAAGCUCACUAUCGAUGAAGAGGGCUAUUUCGAGAACCUCAUGCAGCUAGUAGAGCACUACACCAAAGAUGCAGAUGGCCUGUGCACCAAACUACUCAAGCCAAAGGUGGAGGAGGGGACUGUGGCGGCUCAAGAUGAGUUUUCCAGGAGUGGCUGGUCGUUGAACAGAAAGGAGCUCAAGCUACAGCAGGUUAUUGGAAAAGGAGAGUUUGGAGAUGUCAUGAUUGGAGACUACAGAGGGACUAAAGUAGCUGUCAAGUGCAUAAAAAAUGAUGCUACAGCACAGGCCUUUAUUGCGGAGGCUUCUGUCAUGACGCAACUACGGCACGAUAACCUGGUGCAGCUGCUUGGAGUGAUUGUGGAGGAGAAUGGGAGUCUGUUUAUAGUUACGGAGUAUAUGGCCAAGGGCUGUUUGGUUGAUUACCUACGUUCCAGAGGACGGACAGUACUUAGUAGAGAUGCUCUCCUUAAUUUUGCACUUGACGUCUGUGAAGCCAUGGCGUACUUGGAGACCAAUAACUUUGUCCACAGAGACUUAGCCGCCCGAAACGUUCUUGUGUCAGAGGAAAACUUGGCUAAAGUCAGUGACUUCGGUCUGACCAAGGAAGCCUCUUCCACUCAGGACACUGCUAAGCUGCCUGUGAAGUGGACAUCUCCAGAAGCCCUCAGAGAAAAGAAAUUUUCCACCAAAUCAGAUGUUUGGAGCUAUGGUAUUUUGCUUUGGGAGAUAUACUCUUUUGGUCGAGUGCCAUACCCGAGAAUUCCAUUAAAAGACGUUGUGCCUCGAGUGGAGAAGGGAUACAAAAUGGACUGUCCAGAUGGCUGUCCUGAAGUGGUGUAUAACAUCAUGAAACAGUGCUGGAACCUGGAUCCUGCUGCUCGACCGAGCUUUCAAAUGUUGAAGGAGUGGCUACAACAUAUCAUCCAAGGGACGGGCAAAAAACAAUGAGAGAAAUCUGACAAAACAGAUGCAAAAAGUGACUUUUGUCUUCCUUCGUUUUGUGCAUUGGGACCAUAGCCUGGGAUAAAAAAAUAAAUAAAAAAAGACUUCUUCAUUAAACUGUCAACAUUUAUAUUUCUUAGUGUCAUCUUUUACCUCAGGUUGUUUAAAUUGCAGUGACUCUUGAUUGGGGCCCAUCUGAGAAGGGCGUUGUGCUUAACAUGUCUUCCUGUGCUCUGUUAUUGAGAGUGAAUGAUUAACUGUCAUAUCAACAAGUUUUUUCGUACAACACAGUGCUGCCUCAGAGCCACAGUGCCUUACCCUGUUUUUUUUUUUAAUGUCAUUAUAGUGGCAUCAUUUUAUUUUAUUAACUCGUGGACAGUACAAUCAUUUGACUAAGUUGACUGAAUCCAUGUAUCUGUUUUAAAAAGAAAAGAUGCUUCAAAGCAAGAACUCAAUUUGUAUACAUCAUUAACCGCUGUGUGAUUGUUUUUUUGUUUUUUUCAGAGUUUCCAGGUACACUUUUUUUUUGCAUGAACUCUUGAAUGUUGAAUUAUUUUGUUAAAAGGACUAAGUUAAAAUGACUAUAAUUAUGCAGCUUUAUUUUUUCAAUGUGAUGUAAUUUUAAACAUGUUAUAAGCUUAGUUUUGAACCCCUCUGAAAGUCAAAAAUGGAAGCACAGGUUUGGACAAACGUCACCUUUACUACUGACACAAUGACACCACCCAGCUCAGUCAUCAUCACUCCCAUGUACAGAUUGUUUUCAUUUUACAUCAAUACCUGUUUUAUUGUGGGAAUCAUUUGAUUUAAACAAACUGUUAUUGUCUGUGUAAUGACAAAAAGUUAUAAAGUGACUGUGCUGCCACUUUUAACAAUAAAAAAAAUGAAAAUAUUUUGAAAA